GUGUGCGAGCCCCGCUCCUCGGCCGGCCCCGUCCCAGCGCUCGGAGCACCCGAGCGAGGGAGCGCUACUGCUGCUGCCGGGCUCCGGGGCACUAAAACACGGGGGGUUUUGUAAAGGACGGCGUUUAACACGGGGCCUGGAGCCUGGCCAGCGCCUCGCCUCCGUGCCUCGCAGGGACUCCCCCGCGCCGGGGCGGAGCGGCUGAGUCACCCGCGGAGCGGGGCUGCCCUCCCGAGCCGGGCUGCGGAGCCCCACGUGCCGGGGAUUUAAAGAGUUGGGGCAGCGAGCGAGGGCAUGCCCAGCAGAGCGGCUGGCAGAGCGGAGCUCGGCGGACAUGGGACACCCGUGCCACCCUCAGCGCCCCGCGGGCACCCCCGAGCGCGGCCCGAGGAGGGCAGGGCACGGCGCGGGGCUGCCCGGGGCCCCGCUGCUCCUCCUCUUCGUCCUCAUCGCCUCCUCCAUUUCUGCUUGCAAAGGUGCACCAAUGCCAUCCCAAGCACUCGAAUCAGAUGAGGAUCUGCAGCUGUUGAAAGAGAUAGAUGAUGCAUGUUCUGCUUACCUCUCCACAGAUUCGCAGCCUCAGGUAUCCAAUACACUGGAAGAACUUUGUUUUUUGAUCAUGGGAUUUCUCCAGAAACCACAGGAUUUAGAUGAGAAAGACAACACAAAAAGGUUCUUAUUUCAUUAUUCUAAGACUCAUGACUCGGGCAACUCAGACAUCAUGUCAUCUGUCCUGCAUCCUUUACUGCAACUCGUUCCUCAGCUUAAUGAGAGAAGACUGAAGAGAUACAAACUGGACGAAGAACUUCAAGGACCUGGAGUGAUUCAAAGCAGGGGCUACUUUUUCUACAGGCCACGUAAUGGAAGGAGAUCAGUGGGUUUUCGCUAAGGAGGAUUAUAGAUUCCUGACUUAGAACUAAAACUGCAGGAAUGCUGAGUACAUGGACAUACUGUUUUCCUUACAAUAAUUAUUCAUUAUUAAUGUACAAUUAGAAAUCACUCGAAUGUAAAUAUUCUUAAGCCAGAAUCUGUUAAGAAGGUCUUUACUAUCUUGAUUAUAUUAAAAGCAUAUUAAAAGUAUUUGUUUCCUAGUGUUAUGAUGUUCACAACCUCAUGUAAUUCAACUGUAAAGAGUCACUGUUUGCACACAACAGACAUUGCCUCUAACAACCCUGUUAAGCAAAUUUUCCCUUCUAAAUAAAGACCCUCAGCCAGACAGUUGUUUUAAUGAGAAUGUUUGCAAUCAAGACUCCUGUGUUUUUUCCAGAAUAUGUUGUGAUUUGUGUGUUUCACCAUCUCAAAAAAAAAAAAAAAAAAAAAAGAGAAUUCUUUUCCCUUAAUAAAAGGAACCUGAACAAGUUGCACGUUUUGAAGAAAUAUUGUGACUUUAAUUCAACUAAAAUAUAAUGGCAUUCUUUUUUAGCUAUUAAGAACACAGAUGCAUGAUGGUUCUCGUUUGGAAGAAGACUUAAUUGCAAAUGGGGUCACAAUUCACUUGAAAACUCAAGUGCUUUUGAUGGAGACUGAAAGAAACUCUACUCAGAAGCACAAGUUACCCCUUACAAUCUUCCCAGCUCUUCUCUCCGAGUUUAUUUUCACACCAAAAUUGUGUUAAAUUAUGUUGUUGAGGUUGUAAUUAUAUUGAAAGUAACUAAUCACUCACAAGGAGAUGAUCUUUAAGUCCCUUCCAAUCCAAACCAUUCUGUGCUUCUGUGACUCAAUUUAGAAGUGGGCCAAAAUUUUUAACAUUAUAUUGACUGGUCAUGGUUUGAAUUGGCCUCAGCAUUACUGCUCCUGCUUCUGCACUUUUGGAUGAGCAAUAAAACUUCAGAAGGUAGUUGGAAAAAUUACGGCCUCGGAGGAAGCCAAAUUGAGAAGAUCUUUUCCUCUUCUUUCCCACCUGUUUUUGCUCUGCACUUUAAUAAUUUACUCUUCCUAUAACAAAAUUUGUUCAAUAUUCAUGGUUUAAUUUUAAUGAUUUUCACUUAGUUAUUUUGAAAAAGAUCCCGAAUUAAACAUUCAAUGCAGAUAGUGACAAGUGGUAUGACAUCUAACAUGUACAGAUAAUUAACUUACAGAAUUUCAUAAAGAAGCCAGUCAGUGUAAGGAAGAUUACCAUUCUGAAUUAUUAGUAGCAAUCCACCCCUGUAUUUCUGUAUUUUCCUGUAUAGUUAUAACUAAAUAAAGUCCUUUUCCCCCUCUCUCUCUUACCCAGAGUUAUGACAAAUUUAACUAAUUUCUGAAAUAAAUACAUAUUUUUCUUUCAUUAGUUCUACAUUACAUCUGCUUAUUACUUUUCAUGCAUUUAAAAUGUUUGGUGACUCUGGAGAACAAAAGGUGAACUUCUUUUGUUUGUUUGGUUGGUUGGUUUGGGUUUUUUGUGUUUCUAGUGAAACCAUAUGAAUGAAUGAAUCUUGAAGAAUUAAAGGAAGCUGAAGCUGGCUUUAAUGAGACUGAUAGCAAAGCUAUUGAUAUGUACAGGUGUGGUGAGAGAUAUCCAUCCAGAUUAGCAGUGCACCUGUCACUACUGUACAUGCUGUAAAAAAUAAACUCAGAAUCUGUUGAAUA